AUGAGUUAUGAUGACGGAAGUAGUCAUGGAAAGGGAAGGCGUCAUUCCCAAACCGGUUCCGUAUGGGAAGAUGAAGACAAUGCAAAAGAUGAAAUGUCAUGGGAUGAUAUUGAAGAAGAAGACGGUGAAGAUAAAAGUGAUAGUGAAUUUGAUGAACCAGAAAGAUAUGAGGUUGAAAGUGUGAUUUCACGUAAAGUUGAGAAUGGCAAAGAAAAAUUUUUGAUUCAAUGGAAAGGAUAUUCUAAACCAACCUGGGAACCACGUGAAAACUUAGAUGAUUGUGCUAUUCUCCUCGAUUCAUUUUACAAAGUAGCCAAAGAUACCGAACCUGAAACAAAUACACCUACAGGUGUUCCGACUGACGAUGAUUUCAAACAAAAAUUAUUAGAAGCUCAUCAAUCUAGUAUGCACUUAAAUAUCGAACUUUAUGAUAAGCUUAUCCUAAAACGUGGCGUUAAGGAUACUGGUGACAUUGGUCCUAAGAUUGAAAAUGUUCCUAUGGUUUCUUUUGGCGGGCUAACUAGACAGAAUAGUACUAGUUCUAGUAAUUCUAGAGGUGGAUUCCAUAUGUUAUUGGCGAAAAUAGAUGGAUAUUUCGAACCGCAUCACAAACGUAAAGACAAAAAAAAUCAAAAUGUAGAAUAUCGGCAUCAAGUACGAUUAAAGAUGUUCAUUUAUCAAAAUUGA